GUAUAGCUGGAUAUCUCUGAGCGUCCGGACUGUCAGUCGGGGGCCUACUUUGAAAGAAGAACAUCAAGACACUCAACGUUGAAAUCAUGCCGAUGUUCGUUGUUGACACCAACGUGGCCAAAGGCGACGUGCCGGCGGCUCUGCUGUCAGAAGCUACCGAUGAGCUGGCUAAAGCUAUGGGCAAGCCUGCACAGUACAUUGCUGUGCAAAUCAACCCAGAUCGAAUGAUGGUAUUUGGAGGAAAGGGGGACCCGUGUGCACUUUGCUCCCUUCACAGCAUUGGAAAGAUCAGUUCUUCUCAAAACAAGCAGUACUCGAAAUUACUUUGUGGGCUGCUCAACAAACACCUGGGCGUUUCACCUGACAGGAUUUAUAUUAAUUUCUUCGACAUGGAUGGUGCCAACGUGGCCUGGAACAGCUCUACUUUUGGCUGAGGUGGAGGUUGUGCUCCUCCUAGGCUUCAUUCCAGCUGUAUUUAGAGUGAUAGUUGAUUAUGACCAAUACCUGAUAAUUGCUUGUUAAUCAUUUACUAGCGUAUUCACCAUAGCUUUGUUCUGAUCUUUUCUCUCAUCAAUAAAGCACAUCUGGGAGUACAUAAGUUAUUCCCUCAUUGUUUCCCUUUAACUUUUCAUUGAUGCAGAAUUAUGCAUAAAUAUUGUUGCCAUAAUAAAUGUAUCGUAGUGUAAUGAAGAUGCCAACCAAUUUUUACUCAAAGCAAAUCUAUUGUGAUAGGCAUAUUGUUAGGCAGACUGCUGCAAGCAAAACGCCAAUGAAGAAAAACAAAUCUUGCAAUAAAAUAACUAUCAUAGCUCAUUGCUAUUGCACUGCUAUUGACAACUAUUGACAUGCAAUCCAUAUUUACUGGACGGGCUGGAAGCGAAUGGUUAUGUUUCUGUGCAUGGACAGUGAUAUAUGCUAAAUGCUAUAUGCUAAAUCAAUUUUUAACAUGGAGAGUUGGCAAUGAUCAGUCACGUAAACGAGUGAAGACACUAUUAUCAAUGUCAAAUCCAUUUUAACUGCGAGUGUUGCACUCAUUGCCAGGCACAAACGCAGUGCAGAGUGUGAGUGCAAUUUCCCCGUCGAGGCAUUAUAAUGAAAAAUGAAUUAACUAAAUUAUAUAAUUGACUCAGCCAACUGCUAAACAGCAAGAAGAUAAAAGGAUCGCCCCGCCUUACGUCUUAAUCCUCCUCGGAGCUGCUGGAACAUCAGUCAGACCUAUUUUGAAGAAAUCCAGAGACGACACUCGGAAACCAUGUCGAUUUUUGUCGUUAA